AUGAAGAUUAAGAUACACUGCUCAGUGCUUGCUGAAGAUGCUAUAAAAACCGUUAUUCAUGAUUAUCAAAGUAAACAUAAAUCAGUAAUUAAAGAAAGCUGUAGUGAUGGUCAAAAAGUUAAAGUGUUGAUCGAUCCAAAAUCUAUUAUGUUUAUUCUUGGCUCUGAAAUGGAUUAUCGAUUAGAAAAAUUCUCAUCGGGUUUUGUUUUCAAAAAUCUUAAUGAGAAAGGAAAAUAUGAUUGUGGGGAGAGACUUCGUAUUGUUUAA